AUGUCGCCACGAGACGCUAAACGCAUCAUACUCCUUCACUUUUCAACGUUGUCAGUGUCAUUCCGAUCAAUAAAAAGAAAACUGUCUUUGCUGCGUGGAAUAGGUACCACAGUGUGCCGUUAUCCCCAGACGCUAAAGACGCCACCAAAUUCAUCACUGAAUACGGAAGGUGCCAGUGAUGAAUCCAAUCAGAGAGAAGAAAUCUUGCACAAAAUAAACGGUGUUAGAACGUUUGAAACAAACCGACAAACAUGCCUCGCUUCUGACUGGAGCAAGACAGGAAUCGGUUUCACGCUAUCACAACAACAUUGCUCCUGCCCAUACACCGAUGACCCACUUUGCGGCGAAGGUCACUGGAAAGUCGUAUAUGCUGGAUCCCGUUUUACUAGACCAGCUGAAAGCCGAUAUGCUCCUAUAGAAGGAGAGGCUGUCGCUGUUUCAUUUGUUCUUGAUAGUUGCAAAAUGUUUACGAUGGGUUGCCCAUAUCUGGUCGUAGUUGUCGAUCAUAAGCCUUUGGUCCGAAUUUUCAAUGAUCGCCGUUUAGAUGAAAUCAAGAACCCAAGACUUUCGAAAAUACGUGAAAAGACACUUAUGUGCAACUUCAAAGUCAUUGCAAUACCAGGAAACAAAAACCAUGGAGCCGAUGCAGUGUCCUCAUUAAUAGCAUCCUUAGAGCUACAAUGGAGCAACUGCAAAACUACAAGCACAGUGCAGGAGAUUCUCCACGAGGCUCUCCGCGAUGAGCAAUACCAGCACCUCACCUGCGUCAUUAAAGCAGGGUUUCCAGACAGUCGUGAUAGUCUUCCUGACGACCUUCAAGAAUACUGGAAACUACGAGAUUCUUUAUACACCCUGGACAACAUCAUCUUCAUAGAUAGUCGAAUACUCAUAUCGCUUCGACAUCAUACGAUAAAAGAACUACAUAUUGGUCACCAAGCAAAUGGUUACCGAUCUAUUCCACAUGGCCGAUCGCAAAUACAUUAUAUAUGCAGAUCGAUUCUCUGGUUGGACAGAAGUUGCGUCAACACACGCGACUCUAAAGCAACCACCAUUUGCAACAUACUCCGCCAUUAUUUCAUCAGCUUUGGAGUUCCUGAGGAAAUAACCUGUGAUGGUGGGCCUCCAUUUGAUUCCCACGAGGUAAAAAUUUUUCUCUCUUCCUGGGGUGUAAAACAUCGUAUCACAUCUGCGUACUACCCUCAAAGUAAUGGUCGAGCCGACGCUGCCGUUAAAUGCAUGAAACGGAUCCUAACAUGUACCAUCAGUGCAAGCGGGUCCCUGGAUACAAACAACGUAGCCAAGGCGCUGUUGCUUCACUGUAACACACCGCCCCCUGACAUCGGCACAUCUCCCGCUGAAUUAUUCUUUGGUUGA